AUGAAAGUCAAUAACGGAUUCGGAAACUUCUCCAGAAGCAGCUCUGCUAGAUCAGCGAAGAGAUCUACAGCGUUACCAAAGUCUUCUUAUUCCACCCCCACAUCUGGAUCUGCGCCUCGUAGCCCUUCUCUGACCUAUCAGUGCAUAGAUCCGCCGCCCAAGUCGCCCAACCAAAAUUACCCCAGGAGUCCCAAAACAGACAGUGCGAGUCUAAAAUCCCCGAAGGUAUCUUUGAGUAGUCCCAGUCAAACAGAAAGGGCAGUAUUUGACUUCAACCAAAGCAUCCCGAGGUCUCCAAACAUGCCCAUAAAGUCGCCUAGGUCUCCAAGAUCCCCCAGAAAAUUCACGUACGAGGAAAAUGGCAGAGACACCGCUGGGUCAAGCGAUUGUGACCUGUUCAACUUCAGUUUGGCUUCACCACCCAAAAAGUCAAGUAAGCUUUACAAUAGGCAAUUAUACCAAUCUUCCAAGAGCGACUCCAUCAACUCUACUAAAUCCAGUUUGGAAUAUUCCUCCACCACUAAACAUCCCACAGGCGCUUACCAGGAUAUCGAAUAUAAGAUCUGUCAUUCUCUGGACUCCGAUUCCCAGACGACCUCCAGUUAUAGAUACUCCAUCACUAGCACGAGUUCCAGGCAUUCCUCGUUUAAGGAAAAAAGGAAGCCCAAGUGUAAUAUCAGAACAAAUCCAGGAUAUGACGAGAAAUAUGGAUCCAGCAAAUCAAUAAACGAAUCGGAAAGGGCCGAAAAACCUCUACAAAGAUGCAGAAAGUCCACAUCGGACCUGACCGAUAUGACGGACGAGGUCGCCAACACGACGAUGACGUCCCUAAGCAGGCCCAGUUCUCCCCGCAGGAAGGGGUCCGUGAAGGGCUUGGCGUACCUCGCCUCAAGGAGGGGGUCUAGGGACUCCGUCGCAUCGAAUAUGUCGAACGUCUCCAAUGAGGACAUCGGGCCCCUCAACUUCCAGAACACGGCCAGAGGUCGACAGAGGCGAACAUCCAAUUUCUUGGAAUUGCCUGGUAACCUCACCGGAGAGAUGUACCUGGAUUUGUUGGAAAACAACAUUGAUCCAGCGUUGACAAACAUUAUGGAGAAUAAUGAAAAUUAUUUCGAAGAUCAGUUGAUAUGCCAACAGGAUGGAGCUCCCCCACGCUACCUACGCCUUCGAUAUUCAACAGUAUCUUGA